AUGAGCUAGCUUACAAUGGAACAAUUAUAACAAGCGUAUGGUGGAUUAACUUUAAACACCAUGGAUCACAAAAUAUAUCCAGAUUAGAAAGAGUUAUCUAGAGGUCCAGGAACCGCUUGCUUUCUUAGAUAUAAUAAAGAAAAUCCUAAUAUCAAACCAUUCGUUUAUAAAUACGCAGAUUUUAAAUCUGAAGAAGAAGGAGCCAGAAUUAGAUAAGAAGCAAAUUAUGGAAUUCCCUUAAUUAAUAGAGAAAAGUAUACUUAAAAGGUUAUUGAUUACGUCAUUGGUAAAAACACUUUUCAAGGCUUUUAUGAAUACAUAGAAGGAGAAAGUUUGUUUGACUACAGAGAAAGAAGAAAAGCUGAGUCAAAUCCGAUAUUAUAUUAAGAAGCCGCAGCACUAACAUUAGAAAUAUGGAAAAUAUUAGAGCCUUUGCAUGCAAGAAAUGUUAGUCAUAAGAACAUUAAACCUACAAAUAUUAUUAGGAAAAAGUCGAAUGGCAGGUUAUACUUAGGGGAUUUUAGCUUUGGUAACAUCCUUUAUGGUAAAAUGCAUUUUGGUAUAAAAUUUAAUGAGUAAAUGGCUUUGUACAAUUUAUGCUUUGAUGCAGAUGGUAUGAAUGAAUCUACAAUUGGUCUUAGACUAGAUGGAUAUAGUUUAGUUAUGCUUUUCUGUUCACUUUUAGGUAAAAAACUCUGCUUAGGAUAGUUUAACAAAGGAAAUCCAACAAAUUUUAUCAACAUGUCAGGCCUUAAUCCUCCAGUUCCUGAUGUGGUAAUAGAUAACAUCAAGUUUUUAUCAAUAGGAGAUGCAUUUGGAAACAGAUAACCUUUAACAGAAGUUAUUAGAAUAUUGAGCAUGUGGUCUAACUCUGAAGCAUAAAUAUUCAAAUAAAUAUAGUAUUAAGUAUCAGAUGAAAUUAAAGCAAUAGCAAAUUUAGAAAUAAUGCCUGAUAAAGUAAUUAUGAUCCAUCCGUGUUCAAAUAUUUCUGAUGAGCAAUUCUUUAGUUAUAUGACUUGCUUAUAUAACAAAUAGAGAUAACCUUACAAAAAAAUUAAUAUACACUUUGGAGGGAAUAUGAUAACUCAGCACUCAUUUUUUAGAAUGGUUGAUGCGUUAGAAAAUUUAAAUACUUCAAAUUUGAAAAAUUUAUCUAUCUAAAUGAAUUACAAUAAUUUACAAAAUAUUUACAAUUUUGUAAUUAAGUUCAAGCAGCUUAAACUUCCUUGUCUUGAGAAGCUAUCAAUAGGAUUCAACUCCUGUUAAAUUUAUUCAGAAAAUAUUUUGUUCUUCAUUGAUUCAGUGUUAAAUUAAGACUUUUAAAAUCUCAAAAAACUAUUCCUUGAUUUCAGAGGAAAUUGCAACACUUCAGAAAAUGAAUAAAUACUCGACACUUUUUCUAAGCUAAGACAGAAGUAUAAGUAAAAGAUAAACUCAAAAGAUCCUAAAAAUAGAGAAAGAUUUAUAGUUAAAUUCUCAUAAGAUAUAGUCUCAUGA